GCCAAUCGCUCAUUCACUGCGCGCCGAGUUUUCCGUACGACACCGUCGUCUCUUUAUCAUUUGCUCCUGAAGCAAAGCACUUGGUGAUCUCUAAGUUUUUCACUUGUGUCGUACGUACUGGAUUAUUUUUUAUUCGAAAACGUUUUGUAUUUGGAAUUUUAUUUGCAUUUAUAUCCGGUCGGGUGUGCUGUUGCGCCGUAACGAAUAAAAUUGUCUAAAAAUAUAAAAUGAAUAAUAAAGCAUUUGAGAAUGAGGUGGAUUCGACAGAAUAUGGAAAAUCCAUUGCUCUUGAAAGCAAAAGUCAAAAUGGCAAUGGCGAUUUAAACGGAACCAUUACUUUAGAAACGGCCGGUUCAUCUACCACACAAAAUUCCGAACCAGAACGUGAAGGUUGGGGAAAAGGCAUCGAAUUUCUAAUGUCAUGCAUUGCAAUGUCUGUUGGUUUGGGCAACGUUUGGAGAUUUCCAUUUACUGCACUCGACAAUGGCGGCGGAGCCUUUUUACUACCAUAUUUAAUUGUUUUGUUUGUGAUUGGAAGACCGCUGUAUUUUCUGGAAAUGGUAAUCGGUCAAUUUUCAAGCCGAAAUAGUAUCAAUGUUUUCGAUAUAUCUCCAUUCUUUCGAGGAGCUGGUGUCGGUCAAAUAAUAGCGAUUUUUUUGUUGAGUACAUAUUAUGCGUCCAUAAUGGCAUUGAUCGGUCGAUAUCUUUACGAUUCAUUCCAAUCGCCGUUGCCAUGGACAAUAUGCAAAGAAGAUUGGGUAAAUUGCGUCAGUCCAAAUACAUCACUCAGUAUGAAAAUAUUCACACCAAAUGCUACAACAUCUAUCGGAAAAAUGUCAAGUUCAGAAUAUUACUUUACUCGAGAAGUGUUGCAAGAAGCAAAAGAUAUAAAUGACGGAAUCGGCGCCCCGAUCUUAAAUUUAACCAUAUUUUUGCUGUUGGCAUGGAUUGUUAUAGCUGCCGUUUUAAUCAAAGGCAUUCAAAGUUCUGGAAAGGCAUCCUAUUUCUUGGCUUUAUUCCCAUAUGUUGUGAUUGGUAUUUUAUUGAUUCGAGCAGUCACAUUGCCGGGCGCAUGGAAUGGAAUUUUGUACUUUAUCAAACCGAGAUGGGAGAAAAUUCUAGAACCAAGUGUAUGGUACGCCGCAGUUACACAGUGCUUCUUUUCAUUGGCCGUGGGUUUUGGUAAUCUAAUUAUGUACUCAUCAUUCAAUAAAUUCAACCACAAUGUCUACCGAGAUGCCACCAUUGUAACCAGCCUUGACACCUUUACAUCAUUAUUUGCCGGAUUUACAAUUUUCGGAAUUCUAGGGCACUUGGCUCAUGAAAUUAAGACGGACGACAUAAAAUCGGUAGUAAAUGGAGGUAGUGGUUUAGCAUUUAUCAGCUAUCCUGAAGCAAUUGCACGCUUUCAACAGUUUCCACAGAUGUUUUCGAUACUAUUUUUCUUCAUGUUAUUUGUACUGGGAAUCGGCAGCAAUAUUGCGAUGUGUACUUGUAUUAUAACAAUUUUGCGUGAUAAAUUCACGUCGCUGAAGGCAUGGCAGGCUGCAAUUGGACUUUCGUUUGUUGGAUUUUCAGUGGGAAUAGCGUAUGUCACACCGGGUGGUCAACAUUUGCUCAGUUUGGUUGAUUUCUACGGUGCAUCAUUUAUUGUUUUUAUUUUGGCAAUUGGAGAAAUUGUGGCCGUUUGCUGGAUCUACGGUGUGAAUCGAUUGUGCCGAGACAUUGAAUUUAUGAUUUCAGUUAAGCCUGGCCUCUACUGGAGGGUGUGCUGGGCAUUUUUGACACCAUUAUUGAUGUUCACGAUUCUUAUCUAUACAUUUAUCAAUUAUAAACCAUUGACAUAUAAAGAUCAACCAUACCCAGCAUGGGCCACCUCUCUGGGUUGGACAGUUUCAGCAGUCGGUGUGGCACAGUUGCCACUUUGGGCUGGUUAUGCAUACCUCAAGUAUUAUCUUAAUGACAAAGAAAAGAUGCGAAGCCCACUUCAGCCGACCGCUAAUUGGGGACCAAAAAAUCCUCAAAUAUUCGAAAAAUAUCAAAUGUACGUAUCUAAUUACGAAGAGCAACAACGUUUACUGCCCAAAGGAAAUCUACUUGUUCGUAUGAAACGACACAUUUUCGGUUAAAUUUCUUUUGUUUAAAUUAGGAUUUUUUAAUUUUUUUUUCCAAUAUGCAAGUGCUUACGAUUAUUAUUCACAAAUAGAGAUAAGACAAUUUUUUAUAUGUGAUUAUAAAGAGAAUAGAAAAACUUAAACGCAACAAAAUCGAUAACUGUAUCGGAAAUCAAGAAAUAAAAUUCGAUUUUGUUCGAAACAAUUUUUGAAUAGAAAUUGAAGAAGAUUU